AUGUUCUCGGCGAGGAGGCGCUGGGGCCGGCGGCAGCGAGCUCUGCUCUGGGUGAUCCUGCUGGCGGCGGGGGAGGCGGCGUGGGGGCAGCUGCGCUACUCGGUGCCCGAGGAGAUGCCCAAGGGCUCGUUCGUGGGCGACGUGGCCAAGGACCUGGGGCUGCAGCUGCCCGCGCUCCAAGACCGCGGCGUCCACAUUACAGAAAGAGGUAGGAUACAAUACUUCUCUCUGCAUGGGAAGACGGGACAUUUAGUGACUGCGGUGAGGAUCGACAGAGAGCAGCUUUGCCGAUUGGUGGAGAAAUGCGUGCUGCGUUGUGAGCUGAUAGUGGAGGGAGAAAUGCAGGUUUACAGAAUCGAAAUAGAAAUCACGGACAUAAAUGACAACUCUCCUAAAUUCAGAGAGGUAGAAACGGAGCUGAGAAUGAGUGAGACGACAGCCGCAGGGGCGAGAUUUCCACUUCCUAGGGCUCAUGACAACGAUACGGGACUGAAUUCCCUGCAGAGCUACGAGCUGAGCGGUGACGAGCACUUCUCGCUGGCCGUGCAGGCGGGCCCCGGCGGCGAUCAGCGUCCCGAGCUGGUGCUGGCGAAGGCGCUGGACCGGGAGGAGGCGGCGUUUCACGAGCUGGUGCUGAGGGCGAGUGACGGCGGCGAUCCGGCACGGACGGGCACGGCUCGGAUCCGUGUUACAGUGCUGGAUGCGAACGACAACGCGCCGGUGUUCAGCCAGGCGGAGUACACGGUGCGUGUGCCCGAGGACGUGCCCGUGGGCUCUGUCCUCGUCACCAUCACGGCCACGGACGCUGACGACGGCUUGAAUGGUCUCGUGAAAUACGCUAUGAAGAAAGCGACCAACAUGGCACCGGAUAUUUUCCAUCUGGAUACUGAAACGGGAGCGAUCACGCUGUUGCGGAGCCUGGAUUUCGAGGAAGGCAAUUCCUACGAAUUGGAGCUGGAGGCACAUGACAGCGGAGCUCUUUUCGACACAGCAAUAGUCACGAUCUCUAUAACAGAUGUGAACGACAAUGCGCCCGAACUGACAGUAUCAUCAAAGCUGGACGAGAUCUCGGAAGAUGCCCAGCCGGGAACUGUUGUGGCCCUCCUGCACGUCCAGGACCGGGACUCGGGGGCCAACGGCAACGUGCGCUGCUCUCUUGAAAAGGACGUCCCAUUCCGGCUGGAGAAAUCUUUUGACGAUUACUAUCGCGUGGUGACAGCGGGCGAGCUGGACCGGGAGCAGGUGUCGGAGUACAACGUGACGGUGCGGGCGGCCGACGGCGGGUCGCCGUCGCUGCAGAGCAGCGCGGUGCUGGCGCUGCGGGUGCUGGACGUGAACGACAACGCGCCGGUGUUCGCGGAGGAGCGCUACAGCGCGCGGCUGGCGGAGAACAACGCGGCGGGCGCGCUGGUGCUGACGGUGCGCGCGACGGACGCGGACUGGGGGCAGAACGCGCGCGUGCGCUACCGGCUGUCGGAGGGGCGGGUGCGGGGCGCGCCGCUGUCGUCGUACGUGUCGGUGCAGGCGGAGACGGGCGCGCUGUACGCGCUGCGCUCCUUGGACUACGAGCAGGUGCGCGAGCUGCGGCUGUGGGUGCGCGCGGAGGACGGCGGCGCGCCGGCGCUGAGCGGCAACGUGUCGGUGCUGCUGCUGAUCGCGGACGAGAACGACAACGCGCCGCAGGUGCUGUACCCGCCGCCGGCCGCGGCGGCGCGGCGGGGCUCGGGCGCGGCGCGGUCGGUCGUGGAGCUGGCGCCGCGCUCGUCGCCGGCCGGCGCGCUGGUGGCCAAGGUGGUGGCGGUGGACGCGGACGCGGGUCAGAACGCGUGGCUGUCGUACGAGCUGGCCAAGGCCACGGAGCCGGGGCUGUUCCGCGUGGGGCCGCACAGCGGCGAGGUGCGCACGGCGCGCUCGCCGCUGGCCCGCGACGCGGCGCGCCACAGCCUGGUGGUGCUGGUGAAGGACCACGGGCGGCCGGCGCUGUCGGCCACGGCCACGCUGAGCGUGGUGCUGGCCGAGAGCGUGGCCGAGCUGCUGGCCGAGCUGGGCGGCGCGGCCGACGAGGCGGCGGCGCCGGGCGAGCCGGCCGGCAGCCUGACGCGCUGGCUCGUGCUGGCCGUGGCCGCCGUGUCCUGCCUCUUCCUCGCCUUCCUGCUGCUGCUGCUGGCGCUGCGCCUGCGCCGCUGGCGCCGCCAGCAGCUGCUGCCGCCCGACAGCGGCGCCUCCUUGCGCGGCGUGCCCGUCUCGCACUUCGUGGGCAUCGACGGCGUGCGCGCCUUCCUGCAGUCCUACUCGCACGAGGUGUCGCUCACGGCCGACUCGCGCGAGAGCCGGCUGCGCUUCUCGGCCGCCGCCGCCUGCUGCGACACCCUCCCGGCCCGCCCGCUGCCCGACGAGCCCGCGCCGCUGCUCGGGGACGAGGACUCUGCCGCCGCCCUUCCCGUCGAUCCCGCCGCUCCCUCGCUGUGUUCUGGUGCUUCUUGCUGUGAGUCAGUGUUCUGCCUUAAAUUUGACCGGCACGAGGAAUCCAACUCCCAUUCCUGGUCAACUCGAGGAGAGAGCCCGGAGCCGGCUCAGGCGCUGAGCCCCGCCCAAAGCCGGGCCCCCUUGAGCGCGGCCAUCCGGCGGCUGCAGCGGCGCGGCGGCGCCUCCGGGUGUCGCUGUUGGCCGCCGCCGAGCGGCGCUGGAGCCGCCGCCGCCGCCGCCGCAGCGUCCUGCCCCCGCAGGCUGCUCGCUCGCCCGGCGCCGGCCACAGCGGCAGCGGCACCGGCGGCAGCGGCAAGAGGCGGCGGAAAGCGGCGGAGAGAGGCGGAGAGAGGCGGGCAGCAGCGGCGUCCGAGUGCGGCCCGAGCGGCCUCGCCGCGCUGCCUUUCGGCGAUCCGUGCGGUGUGCGGCGAGAGCGGCCGGAAGGGAGCGGCGGGGCAGCGGCGGGAGGCAGCGGCGCGGCUCGGCACGGGCGGCGGGCGAGCGCUGCCGGCCGCGGUGCUGCUGUGCCUGUGGUGGCGGGCGGCGGCCGAGCGGGUCCGCUACGCCAUCCCCGAGGAGCUGGGCAGAGGCUCGCUCGUGGGGCCGCUGGCGCGGGACCUGGGGCUCAGCGCCGACGAGCUGCCGGCGCGCAAGCUGCAGGUGGCGUCUGGCGGCAAGAAGCAGCUGAAAUACUUCACGGUGAAUGAGGAGAACGGGAACCUGUACGUGAAUGAGAGGCUGGAUCGGGAGGAGAUGUGCGGCGCAGCUGCGACCUGCUCCGUCAGCUUUGAGGCGCUGGUGGAGAACCCGCUGAACAUAUUCCACGUCGAAGUGUCCAUCGAGGAUGUGAAUGAUAACUCUCCGGUCUUCAGCAAGGCUGUUCUGGACCUCGAGAUUGGUGAAUUAAUCCCUCCUGGUGCUCGUUUUCCGCUGGAGAUGGCCCGAGACGUGGAUGUAGGAAGCAACUCGCAGCUGACUUACCAGCUUGCCAGCAACCCAUCUUUCUCUUUGGGCUUAAAGGAGAGCUCCGAUGGAAGUAAGCAGCCGGAAUUGGUACUGGACAGAGUCCUGGACCGAGAGAAGCAGAGUUCCUUUCAGUUUGUGCUGACAGCAGUGGAUGGUGGAAUCCCUGCAAGGUCCGGGACUGUCCAGAUUCGUGUCAAAGUUACAGAUGCCAACGACAACCCGCCCGUGUUUAGUAAAAGUGUCUAUGAGGUGAGAGUGCCAGAGAAUCUUGCGGCGGGGUCUCUGGUGCUGCAGGUGCAGACGACAGAUGCGGACGCCGGCUCUAACGGGCAGGUCUCCUACUCCUUCAGUAACGUUCCAGGCAUCAUCAUGGAGUUGUUCACUGUGGACAGUGAGAGCGGGGAGGUCAAGACAGUGGGUCCUCUCGAUUUCGAGGAGAAGAGUAAAUAUAGCUUCAGCCUGGAGGCGAGGGACGGCGGUGGCUUAGUCUCACACUGCAAAGUGCAAAUAGACAUCACGGACGAGAACGACAACGCGCCCGAGAUCACGGUUCUCUCCGUGUCGAGCCCCGUGCCCGAGGACGCGCCGGUGGGCACGGUAGUGGCUCUGCUGAACGUGAACGACCCAGACACGGGCGAGAACGGUCAGGUGUGGUGCGAGCUGUCGGGCGAGGCGCCGCUGUCGAUCGUGGCGUCGGCGGGCGGCUCGUACAAGGUGGUGACGGCGAGCGCGCUGGACCGCGAGCAGGCGUCCGAGCACCGCGUGACGGUGGUGGCCCGCGACCGGGGCAGGCCGGCGCUGCGGAGCAGCAGGGAGCUGGCGCUGGAGGUGUCGGACGUGAACGACAACGCGCCGGUGUUCGAGGAGGCGGCGUACAGCGCGUACGUGGCGGAGAACAACGCGGCGGGCGCGCUGGUGCUGCGCGUGCAGGCGCGGGACGCGGACGCGGGCGCCAACGGGCGCGUGAGCUACUGGCUGGCGGGCGGCAGCGCGGGCGCGGCGGGCGCGGCGCCGCUCGUGUCGGUGGAGGCGCGGAGCGGCGCGCUGUACGCGCAGCGCUCCUUGGACUACGAGCAGUGCCGCGAGUUCGCGGUGGCGGUGCGGGCGCAGGACGGCGGCGCGCCGGCGCGCAGCUCCACGGCCACGGUGCGCGUGUUCGUGCUGGACCGCAACGACAACGCGCCGCGGGUGCUGUGGCCGGCGGCGACAGCGGGAGGGGCCGCGGCGGCCGCCCCGACGGCGUUCGAGGUGGUGCCGCGCUCGGCCGAGGCCGGCUACCUGGUGGCCAAGGUGGUGGCGGUGGACGCGGACGCGGGGCGCAACGCGUGGCUGUCGUACGAGCUGGUGCAGGCGUCGGAGCCGGCGCUGUUCCGCGUGGGGCCGCACAGCGGCGAGGUGCGCACGGCGCGGGCCGUGUCCGAGCGGGACGCGGCCAAGCAGCGUGUGGUGGCCGUGGUGAAGGACCACGGGCGGCCGCCGCUGUCGGCCACGGCCACGCUGCACGUGGUGCUGGCCGAGAGCUUGCAGGAGGCGCUGCCGGAGCUGAGCGAGCGGCCGGCGGGCGCCGAGGAGGCGGCGGCGGCCGAGCUGCAGUUCUACCUGGUGCUGGCGCUGGCGCUGCUGUCGGCGCUCUUGGUGCUGAGCGUGGCUCUGGCCGUGCUGGCGCGGCUGCGCCGGGCCGGGCCGCCCGCCGUGCUGCGCUGCCUGGGCGCGCAGCGCUUCUCGGUGGCCGGCGCCGCCUUCCCGGCCGACUUCUGCGAGGGCACCUUGCCCUACUCCUACAACCUGUGCGUGGCGGCGCCGGCCCGCGCCGUGCCCGAGGCCUCUUGGCCCCCGCCGCCGCCGCCGCCGGUGCCCGUGCUGUCAGCGGAGGAGCUUCUGGGCGGCGAGUCCUGCGAGAAGCCGAGCCCCGACGACAGCGCUAUUGUGGAUGAGGUGCCCACUGAGCCGGGAGCAGCUCAGGCGGUGUCCGUGCUGUCUGCGGUGGAGCUUCUGGGCGGGGAUUCCUGCGAGAAACCGAACCUGAGUAGUGGCGCCGUGACGGGAGGGUUGCCCGCCGAGGCUGAAGUACCUCAGAAGAGCUGGAUGUUAGACAAGUCGAGGAAGAAGGUCCGCGAUGCACGGGACCCCACGUCUCUGGGGUUUCUGUCCCGUUCCCGCGAGUUCUCCGUGGACAAGGAAGCACCGCAGCGCUCGGUGCUGCAGUGCCGGGAGGAGGCUGCGGGCGCCGCUGUUGACCGAGAGGAGCGAGAGGAAGCUCGGAGCGCUGCAGCCCCGCCCGCUGCGGACCCGCUCCAUCACUAG